CGUGGACCCUUCGUGGAUUUCUAUCCUUUUUUCCCCCCAGAUCCACUCCACUAUACACUGCAUUAUGAGCUUAUGAUAUCUUUCCAACAAAGCACAGAUUUGCUGGAGCGACCCGGACACUACUCGCUUAUCGUAGUCACCAAAGAGGGGAUAAAAAAUCACACACGGGGAAAUUAGAGAGGGAGAGAAAGAAAGGAGAAGAAGAAAAGUCCACCGAGAACCCCACACACCCCCAAAAGAUGCUGCCCACCCCAUCGACGUCGCACGUCGACUACAACCGCAUCUACGAGCCAGCAGAGGACUCGUUCCUAUUCCUCGACACCAUCUCCUCGCCAUUGGAGACGACCUUCCUAACGUCGCGGUUCCAAGACGGCCCGACGCCGCUGGUCGUCGAGGUCGGAACGGGCUCGGGGGUGGUCAUCGGCUUCGUGGCCGCCCAGGCGCGGCACAUCUUUGGCGGCAGCCACGGCGCCGUGGUCGCGACCGGCGUCGACGUCAACGCCUUUGCGUGCGCCGCCACUGCCGAGACGGUGAGGCGGGCCGUCAAGGACGAAGAAAAGGAGAGCGCCAGCGGUGCAGGUGCAGGUGCGAGCGGUUUGUACCUGGGCUCAGUGCGGGCGGACCUGGGCUCCGCGCUGCGCCCCGGCCAGGUCGACGUUCUGCUGUUCAACCCGCCCUACGUGCCCACGCCCGACAUGCCGGUCCGGGACGUCGAGGCCGAGCUGCAAAAGGGCGGCGACGACUUUGCGCGGGACUCGUAUCUCCUGGAGCUUUCGUACGCGGGCGGCAGGGACGGCAUGGAGACGACGGAUCGGCUGAUCGACGCCCUGCCGGAGCUGCUGUCCGAUAAAGGGUGUGCGUACAUCCUGCUGUGUGCGCAGAACAAGCCCGAGGAGGUCAAGAGGAGGAUAUUGGAGUUUGGGGACGAGUGGAGGGUCCACAUGGCUGGGUCUAGUGGCAAGCAGGCUGGGUGGGAGAAGCUUCAGAUCAUUAGAAUAUGGAGGGAGCGGGAUACUGACGGUUUGAGGUGAGAUAUAGCGGGAGAUGGUGGACGUAGCAGACAAGAUUCAACAUGAGCAACGUGCUGUUCGUAUCUAUAGAAGGAAAGAAACAUGGCAGCACGAUAUGAUAUUUUGCAAACUCGGGACGAAUAUGCUUGAUUUUCCUGUUCCUGGAACGCCGG